CCGUCUACAAUAUUGUAGGUUCGAUGAGCAGGCAACUGUACGAUCAUUAUAUUUAUAGCUGCACAAGUUGCUUAAUUUUCAAUACACAGUAGAAAAAUAUUCACUGCAAUUUUCCUUUGCACAGUAAACAGACCAUAUUUAAACCUUUUUCAGUUUCAAGAGCAGCAGCCUGUAUCAGUGCAGAAUGUUUUCUUCACAUAAUUUUUCUCCGUCCGCCGUCAUUAACAGUAAACAAUCCAAUGCAAUAGUGAUACACAGUUCUCCAAAUAAAUCAAUACAACUCCUGAAACGAGUGAUUCCUUUUUUGUAAAUUGAAUAAACCCUAAACCCCUAUUUCCUCAGCUCAAAUUUUUAUAAAUUCAAAUUUUGCGGUCUGCUACGAUUUGGUUGCAGCCGCCAAAAAUGGUGGUCUUACAAAUUCCAGGAGGCGUCGAUGCAUCCACAAACCUAAGUGCAUCCGGGCUGAGUGCUGAGAAAUUAAGCCUACCGUCUCUGCAAUCACGCAUGAAAUGUGAUCCCCAGGGCUACGAGAGUGAGCUUUUAUUGUUGGUACGCCACUUUGAGUCAUGUCUCGCUGUAUUUCGGCAACACGCCGCUUUGAAGUCGGCAUCCAUGGGUGGCGACCCCGGCGCAGCCAAGGAGCUUGGAGAAUUGACUUUGUUUUUGGCCCACGUUGCGCCUUCUUAUCCUCAGCAUCUCGCUCAUUUUCCCAAAGAGCUUGCUGAGUUGCUGCAGGCGAGCGGGCAUUCGCUUCCUUCUGGUUUACGAAGGCAAAUUACACAGGCUCUGAUUCUUCUCAUGAAUCGGCAGACGAUCGAACUUGCAGAAACGUUACCUCUCUUUGUGAUGCUUCAAACGCUUGAGGACAGGGAAUUAAAGAACCUUGCAUUUUCUCACAUUGUCCAAUAUGUUCGACGCAUGAAUCUUAAACAUAAAAAUGAUGUUAAGAAUUGUGCAUUGCAGAGUAUUCUCUUUAAACUUUUGCAGGAAGAGCAUGAAUCAAAGGCAAAGAGCGCUCUUGCAGUACUGUGUGAUCUUCAUCGUCGCAAGGUGUGGUUUGAUGAGAGGACUGGGAAUGCUAUAUGUAUUGCUUGUUUCCAUAAAUCCUCCAAGAUCAUGGUAGCUGCACUCUCUUUUAUACUUGGCUAUGAACAGAAUGUUGAAGAUAAUGAGGAUGAAGACUCAAGUGGUGAUGAAGAUAUCGCUAAGCAGAAACCUCAAGUGAUUCUAAGCAGAGAAGCAGUCUACAAGGCACAUCACAAGGGUACGACAAAAAGCAAAAAGAAAAAACAAGCAAAAUUACAACGGGUUAUGCGUGGUCUCAAAAAACAAAAUCGCGUUCAAUCUGAGAGUGUUGAUUGGGGUAGCUAUUCACCUCUUCGACAUCUGAAAGAUGCACAGGCCUUUGUUGAAAAGCUUUUUUCUCGCCUUCAGACAUGUAAUGAGCGAUUUGAGGUUAAAAUGAUGAUGAUGAAAGUGAUUGCUCGGGCAGUGGGGCUCCAUCAAUUGAUUUUAUUAAAUUUUUAUCCAUUUCUUCAAAAGUAUGUUCAGCCUCAUCAACGGGAUGUAACACAACUUUUGGCAGCAGCAGUUCAGGCCUGCCAUGAUAUGGUACCUCCUGAUGCUGUUGAACCAUUAAUGAAGCAAUUGGUGAAUCAAUUUGUACAUGACCGAGCCCGUACUGAGGUCAUUGCUGUUGGUCUAAAUGUUGUAAGGGAAAUGUGCAUUCGCAUGCCGUUGUUGAUGACCGAGGAUUUACUUCGGGACCUUGUACUUUAUAAAAAAUCACAUGAGAAGGCAGUAUCAGCGGCAGCUCGUUCCCUUAUUGGCAUAUUCAGACAAAUCUGUCCUACAUUAUUAGACAAGAAAGAUCGUGGGCGCAUGGUUGAUAGAAUGUCAAAGCCUAGAGCAUUUGGAGAAAAGGUUGUUUCUAGUAACAUCCCUGGUGCUGAACUAUUACUUGAAGAUCAGGUUUCUUCCAGUGAAGGUGGAAGUGAGGAUGAAGAUGAUGUAGUUGAAGGCAAUGUACAGCCAUCAUCUGGUGGGAGUGAUAAAGAUGUAAGUGAUGACAUAGAUGAGGAAGGAACUGAGGAUGAAAAUGAAGAUGAGAGCAGGUAUAGUGUUGUGGGGUCUGACACAGAUAAUGAGGAAGCAGCUUGUGAAGAAGAUGAAGUAUACACAGACCUUGAUAAAGAAGUAGGGUCUUCACAGGAGGAGCUAUCCAUUGACGGAGAGAGUGAAUCUGAUCAGGAAAAUGGUUCUGAUAUAGAGGGCGAGGCUUCCCAUUUACAGUCAGAAACUAAAAAGAGGAAGUUUAGUGAACCUAAAACAGAUAAAGAUAUAUCAGGGCAGAGCCUCCGGGCUUUGAAGAGGUUUACUGCUGAAAAAACUGUAAAGUCUAGUCUUGUCAAUUUUGUGGGCCAGGACGAUGGUAUUUUUUCAAACGAAGAUUUUCAACGCAUCAAAGAACUUCAGGCAAAGAAUGUGGCAAAACAAGCAAUGUCUGAGCAUGGAAUGGUGAAAGCUGGUAGUGGAAAAGGAAUGUCUGUAAAAUUGCCCAGUUCUGAGCAUCUAAGUGAGCACCCUGUAAAUCCUGCAAAAUUUGAGGUUAAUAUACAUAAAAGGAAAAACAAAGAGGAGAGGCUGGCUAUUGUGAAAGCUGGACGAGAGGAUAGAUUGAAAUUUGCUUCUCGCACAGCUGUAAAGCAGAAAAAGACUGGAGGACUCAGCAACCGGCAGAAGGAACGGAAGAAGGGAAUGCCAUUGGCUGCUAAACGGGCAAAGAUAGCACGUUCACGAAAUGACAAAAAGAGAAAAAGUUCUUCAAAGCAAUUUCGUGGAAAGAAAGCAUGGAAAUAGCUUUGUCAUAUUGCUUGGUUGGCAAUUUCCAUUCUGACGACUGGCUCAAGUGCAAAAGUGCUUGUUCUAUAUGCUUUUGCCAUAAUAAAGGAAGAGCUUACACUUUGUGAAUUGGCUUCUACCUGUGAUCACCAUUCAUUCCUCUACAGAAAAUUAAGACCGGUGAAUUUUCGUGAAGAUUCCCUCUUUAGUCAUGGUCAAGCAUAUGGUCUUAUCCUAUGUUUCAUGGUAGAGGUGUUACCAUGCCACUUGUUGGUUACUGGUACUUUAAUCUCAUCUGUGAUUGUCAUGAUCGUCCACCUCUGAUGAAAUUCUUUGCGGAGAAUUUGAGGGUAGCAUAAUUCUUUAUGAUAACAAAAAUGGGAUUCAGCAAUUUCAGUAUAUUUUCGUUGGAACCAAAAUGUUUAAUGAAUUAUACAUACAAUUGUUACUAGCAAAGGACGAACUGUUUGGCAGCAUUUAUGUGCCGUCGCUCGCUUCCGAGCAGCUAUGGAUUUGCCGUACCAUAGAAAAUUUAUCUUUAUGCCUGCACACGAUUAAAUGGAAUCGGAGCCAUUCAUUAUGAUA